GCGGCGGCGGCGCGAAGGGGGAAGCGGAGGCGAGAUGCCGCGGCCGGAGGUGCAGGCGCCGCCGGAGAUAUUCUACAACGAGUCGGAGGCGCGCAAGUACACCACCUCCUCCCGCAUCAUCGAAAUCCAGGCGAGGAUUUCCGAGAGGGCGCUGGAGCUGCUCGCCCUCCCCAACGAUGGCGUCCCCAGGAUGCUCCUCGACAUCGGGUGCGGCUCUGGACUUAGCGGUGAGACCUUGACUGAACAUGGCCACCACUGGAUUGGCUGCGAUAUUUCAGAGUCCAUGCUUGACGUUGCUCUAGAGCGGGAAGCAGAGGGUGACCUCCUACUCGCGGACAUGGGCGAGGGCUUAGGCCUGCGCCCAGGAGUUAUUGAUGGUGCAAUCAGUAUUUCAGCAGUUCAGUGGUUGUGCAAUGCUGACAAGUCAUCUCAUGAACCAAGAUUGCGGUUAAAGGCUUUCUUUGGAUCACUAUAUAGAUGCCUAGCAAGGGGAGCAAGAGCCGUUCUACAAUUUUAUGCUGAUAAUGUGAAGCAAACUGAAAUGCUCGUGUCUUUUGCCAUGAAUGCUGGUUUUGCUGGUGGAGUGGUUAUUGACUGGCCUCAUAGUUCGAAAGCAAAGAAAUCCUACCUUGUCCUCACUUGUGGUUCACCUUCUGUUGCCACAUCUCUCCCAAAGGCGAAAGGUCAAGAUGGUGAGAUGUGCAGCAGUGAUGAUGAUGAUGAUGACGAUGAUGAUGAGAGCAAUGAUGACCAAACAGUUGGCACAUAUGGACGGAACCGUUCAAACAAGAGGCGGAAGGUGAACAACAACAAGAACGGUCGAGGCAGGGAUUGGCUCCUGAGGAAAAAGGAGCAGAUGAGAAAAAGAGGACGUGAGGUUCCCGCUGACACGAAAUACACAGGGCGGAAGCGCAAGACCCGCUUCUAGUUCGGUAGCUUAUGGAGUGCCUAUGCGCCCAGUGCCCGUUGUUUGCCAGUCAUUUAGUUGUAGCUCAUCAGAUGCAGUGAGGAUUUUAUGCUUGAGAGUUGAGAGUUUGCUGGAUUGUGCUUACUUUUGUGUACCAACAAUAGAGAGAUGUUCUUAAGCUGCAUCAGUUUUGACAGUGCUAUCAUGUUUGUAGUACCCUCAUAACGAUAUAUAGUGACAUGGUUGUUUCAUGUU